AUGGUGAUCAAGCUGGAUUUGGUGCUAAGGGCGAAAAAGCUGAUCUCCGGCUUAUCCAGGCCACAACAUAUCAACGGCUUAUCACUGAGAUAUCGAAGCAGCGGGACAUCGGGUGUAGCGGAUGUGAUCGUUGGUGGUGGUGGGAUUGUUGGUACUUCAAUUGCAUAUCAUUUGGCAAAACGGGGCAAAUAUGUUAUUCUAAUGGAACGGGACUGGUAA